AUGUCCAUUGCCAUGGCCAAUGCGUCCGGCCCAUCCAAGACCAGGCAAAGAGUUUCCGUGGCAUGUGUGCUUUGCCGGAUGAAACGUAUUCGAUGCGAUGGUGUCGAGCCGUGCUGCGGUCCUUGUCAGCAACGAAACGUGACGUGCGAAUAUCAGCACACCGAGAGCAAGCGCAAACCACCAAGCAAGAAACUUGUGCGGUCUCUUCAGGCUCGCAUAGAUCUGCUCGAGCAGGAACUAUUGUCUCUCGGGAGAGACGUUCCCUAUGCGCCUGAAAAUCUUGCCGAUGCCGGGGCCGAAAGCGAUAGAGAGACGGAGGAUGAUGCCAACGAACCUCACCGGAUUGACCCACUAACGGAAAUCAGUGGGAUGACCGCUCGCCUAAAUCUCACUUCUAAUGGUGAGUUGCGGUACUUUGGAACCCUAAGUAACUACAGCCUGCUUCACGGCCGCAUCCAUGAAGUCUCCGUCGAGCCGCUUGCUCUCAGAAACGCCUGUGAUUUCAGCCCUAUCACAGAAUUCAACAAUAAUCAGGGAAUACCACAAGAGCUUCAGGACCACUUGCUGGACCUGUAUUGGAGGUGGCAGAACCCAUGGAAUUAUGUUGUACACAAGGACGCUUUCAUGCAAGACUAUACCUUUCAUCGCUCGGGAAAGUAUUGCACUCCCUUGCUUCUCCUAGCUAUCUUUGCUCUGGCAGCUCGCUACUCUGACCGCUGCGAGGUUCGAGCUGUUCUUACUAAUCCUAAAACUGCUGGCGAGAGCUUUGCACGCGAGGCAAAAAUAUUACUGCAGCAGGGAAUGGAAGCUCCGACAGUGCCCACUGUCCAAGCGGCGGUGUUACUGGGGCUGAAUGCCAUGGCCGAAGAUCGCGAAUCUCUCGGCUGGCUCUUCGUAGGUAUGGCAAUGAGAAUGGCGUUCAAUCUAGGCCUCAAUCUUGACUGCUCAAGCUGGGUGCCUACAGCACAUAUCUCUGGGUUGGAGGCUGAAGUUCGAAAGGUUGCCUGGUGGGGCUGCUAUACUUUAGACAAACUAUUUAGCCUUGGCCAUGGACGCCCGGGAAUGACACGACGAUGCGAUAUAACCUGCCCAAAGCCAAGCAAGUACCAAACUGCUGAGUUCGACCCUUGGAUCCCAUGGUCCACGAGAGAUCAGACCUUGGCGAAUACCCCUGUACGGAUCGCCUCUACGUCAAGUUAUGUAUCUGAACUUCUGGAUAUAGCGACAGAGGCGUUGUAUAUAGUGUAUGCGCCCCACGGUGAACUCAAACGACGCGAAUUAGAGAGUAUAGUCACCCGAACUGAUCUUGCGUUGAACAACUUCUACCGUGACCUCCCAAGUUUUCUUCGGCUCUCAGGGUCGGUUCGAACACCGUGCCUUCCACACAUAUACCAACUCCACAUUCAAUACAAUGUCAUUCAGAUCCUUCUACAUCGUCCUCUCAUCGCGAAACGUCGCAUUUUAUCUCGAGUUUUGUCGGAUUCGUCAGAGGAGUCGAACGUACAUCUGCAGAUCUGCAGACACGCAGCUCUGGAAGUCACAAAGCUGCUGCGCACAUAUCAGGAUCAUUACACCUUGCGCCUUAUUCCGAUUGUCACCGUGCAUAGCACCUUCACGGCUGCUAUUAUACAUUUGAUGGACGCUAUGUCCACCACUCCUAUUGUUCGUCGCCGAGGGAUCUCUAAUCUACGAAUCUGUCUAGACGCUCUUGAGAGCAUGAGUGCUGCAUGGUGUUGGAGCUGCCGGGCUAUUCGCGCCCUCAGAAUUCUUGCGUACGAAUGGCUAACUCCAGAAGCUGUCAGGGACGAGAAUCUAGCCAGGGCUACCCCAUCGGCAACUGAGUGCAAUUUUCAAGUGCAAUCCCUGGGGCCUUCAUCAUUUGAGCCGUUAGGUCUCGCUGAAUCCACCCGAGGGAUGCCGGUGAGUGACCUCACCGGCCCUCCAGAGGUGGAGGCGAACAGAUACGAAGCAGAGUAUAGCAUAGCGAUGGAUUCCUUGCUUGAGGAUAAUUUAGAUUGGCUAAUACAGACUGAUCACCAUGCCGGAGGGGAGGACAGAGGGCAUGCAAAUGCAGACGCUCAAAUGAAUCCAUGGAUCAUGAGCGCUGCCCAGUGCACAUUUGCAGUUCCGAGAUGGGACGAAUAUACAACUUUUAGCGAUGUAUGGUACCAGCCUGAUCUACAACCACCCUUGUAG